AUGACCAAGUUCAGUGUGAGAAGUACUAGUAGUAACCAAAAGAAGAGUAAAGGUAGCAUGGUGAAGCUCAUUGAGAAGCUACAAAAGAGGCUAUUGCUAGUGAGAAACAAAUCAUCACCAACCUAUGUGCCAGAGGAUGUAAAAGUAGGACAUUUUGCUGUUAUAGCUGAAGGUAUGAAAGAACAUGAAUCAGAGAGGUUUGUGCUUCCAUUGAGUUGUUUAACAAAUCCAAUAUUUGUGAGGCUAUUGGAGCAAGCAGAAGAAGAGUAUGGUUUUGAUCAUGAAGGUGCACUAACCAUUCCUUGUAAGCCUAGUGAGCUUCACAAGAUGUUGCAACAAUGGCAUCAUGAGGAGGAAGGUGCUACAACAUGGAAUUCUUGCAAUAAUUCCAUGGUUUUUCAGAACUAUUGA